AUGCUUUAUAACAACGUUGUUCUCAUACUUCUUAUUGUAUCUUGGUUAUGUUCAGUGGGUAGUUUUACUGUUGUAGCGUCGAAAAGAUCAAUAAAAUCGCAUAUUACUGGUGGAUAUAAAAAUUCUUUGGCAAAGAAGAAUGCAUCUCAAUUGGAUUGCAGCCAAGUGAACAAUGAUUAUGAUGUUCUUCGACAAUUUCCUUUUCCAAUCUUAGUUAAUCCAAUCGAACUAGUAUUCGAUCAAAGUACGGCUACUAUGGAUGAAAAUAAUACUUUCGUCAAAAAGAUUUACAUCUAUCAAGAAGAAGUAGUUCCAUCAAGUGUAUUUUGUUUAUCAAAACUUCAAGCAUUGCAUGUUGAGAUGACACCCUUUCAAAAUGGUAUUGUACCAGAUACUUUGGCAAAUUUAAAACUACUUCGUAAUUUUUGGAUUUAUAAUUCACCUAUUUUUAAAAUGUCAGAGCAAUUGGAAACACUUACUAAUCUUUUAGCGAUAGUUUUUCGUAAUUGCUCAUUAACUCAUUUGCCAAAGUUUAGUAAACUUGAACGAUUAUGGAAUAUUGAUCUUUUUGGAAAUCGAUUGUCUGAAAUAGAUGAAAUUCCUAGUGUCUUAUUGAUAAAUCUUAGAGGCAAUCGUUUCAAAAAAUUACCCAUAAUAAAGAAAAGAGAAAAUGUUACGCACGUAGAUAUGGGAAACAAUCCAUUGGAAAACAUUGAAUCAAUUACUUCGUACAUCAAUUUGGAAGGUCUUUCUUUAAGCAAUACAAAUCUUACAUCCAUUUCUCCUGCUAUUGGUAAAUUACAGAAACUUACACAUCUUGAUUUAUCGAACAAUCAAUUAUCUUAUUUUCCAAGACAUAUACUUGAUUUACCUCAUCUUGAAGAACUCAAUAUCACAAAUAACUUGUUUUCUAGUGAAGAGAUUCAAUUAAUUCAAAAGGAAUUCGGAACAUCUCAUCCAAAUGCAGAACUAAUUGUCUGA